UCUGUUAAUCCGACAGCAUCCAUUUUUCAUGCACGCAGGCUGCUCAGUGCCGGAGCGCAGACACACCGCCGAAGCCGCUAAUCGAUAUUAAAAUACAUUUAUUAAAAUACAUAAAUUAAAAAACAGCGCUGAGGAAUAUAUGCGUAUAUAUUAAAAAAAGAAAAGAAAAAGAAAAAGAACAGCGUGCGUGUGCGCAGGUUGGCGAGAAGAAGCGCGCGCGUCCUUAUAAUAAAAUAACGAGAACGAGAAAAAAAAACACCGUCGUGUCGUUUACACACACACCACCUUACUGUCGGAUCUGUGUGUGCACCGCGCCAACACUAAAGAGAAAUGUCUGCUCCAGGCCCAGCCGGCGCCCCCGAAGGAGGGAAUCAACCACCUCCCAACCUGACCAGCAACCGCCGCCUACAGCAGACGCAGGCUCAGGUGGACGAGGUGGUGGACAUCAUGCGUGUGAACGUGGAUAAGGUUCUGGAGAGGGACCAGAAGCUCUCAGAGCUGGACGACCGAGCCGACGCGCUGCAGGCCGGAGCCUCUCAGUUCGAGACCAGCGCCGCCAAACUCAAGAAUAAAUACUGGUGGAAGAACGCCAAGAUGAUGAUAAUCCUGGGUGUGAUAUGUGUGAUCGUGCUCAUCGUCAUCAUCGUUUACUUCAGCACCUAAAGCCCGAGGUUCCUACUCCCCCCUGCGCCUGAUUUACAGCCACUCAAUCACUACCCACAAACCCCCAAGUCCUGAUGACUCCCCUCUACGGACCCCGGUCUCUCUACGUCCACAUGUCCGGCCUCUGAGCGUGCGCGCGCGUGUGUGUGUGUAUGUGUGUGUGUGUGUCCUCUGUAAAUACCUCCCGCUUUUCUGAGAUCUCUGAAAGCAGACGGUAAUCCCCUUCCGGUAAAUCUCUUGCUGUGCGUAAGACUUGUCCUUAUUCGUAGAGUUUUAUUUGUAGACUUCGUGUGUGGGUGUGCGUUUGUAUUAUUAUUAUUUUAUUUUAUUUUUAUUGUUUUUUUGUAUGACUUCUUUGGCUUGAAAAAAAAACUGCCUAUGAAUCUGUGUGUAUAUACAUCGCACGAUGUGUGUCAGUUAUUCUAUGCUCGUAGUUUACUUCUUUAACCGAGAUAUUCUUCCAAAACCCCAAAACUCUCUCUCUCUCUCUCUCUCUCUGUCAGUGCAUCUGUAUUUCUUUCUUUCUUUUUUUCCUUUCUAAUCAACAGUAGACUUUUGUAAACUGCCACAGAAAUGAUUUGGACCAAGGGCGAUAGAUUUCUAUUUUUUAUUAAGUCUGUAGUGUCUUAUCUCUUAAACAUUCCUUUAUGGCAGGGUAGAACGGCGCUGUCUGUAAAACUCCAACAGGAAUAUUUCUUAAACACGCUGUACCUGGCAGGAACGCUGCACACACCACCACGAGGAUAAAAUAGGAACCAGCUCAGUUUGCACAAGAACCUGAUUUUUGAUGGCGCUUUUAAACCCGAAAAAUACUUAUAACAAUAAUAACCUAAAAGUCCAGCUGAGCUGCCAGCGAAACGAAAAGCACACCGCUCGAGUUAUUCCUGCGUUACUGCUCUUUUUUUUAUUUUUAUUUUUUAGAUUUUAUGUUUGUAAGGAGGAAUAUUGUAUUUGUGUGAAUUUUUUUCACAUGUAGAAAAGGGACCAACCCAUCACCUGGAGUGUGUGUGUGUGUGUGUGUGUGUGUGUGUCUUUAUUUGUUGAUUUUAGCUGUCUAGUUUGUACACUGCCAAGCACCUGGGGGGAUUUUUUUUGUGUUUUUUCCAUCCCUUUAUGUCCACACUGCUCGUACCGGUUUGCUCUUAUACAUACAAUAAUAUAAUAUAAUGCCACCUACGUGUAUGCACACACACACACACACACACAUGCAGGACUCCAGUCACGUAGGUCCAAUCUGUCAGCAUGAAAUGAGUCAGUAAUGAUGUCUGGAGCCACACGUGAUCCUUUACCACGCGCACACACACACACACACACACAGACACACAAAUGCCCGCUCUCUUCUGUUCAUAUCUCCCCUCCCCCACAACCAUAUGUACAGUUAGCUACUGGAUUAAAUGACAAGGAUUUACCAAGUGAAGACUAGAGUAGCUUAAUGGAAUAAAAGUGUGUGUGUGUGCGUGUGUGUGUGGGAGCUGGACGGUGCCAUCUUAGAUGCUCUUAGUCAUGUUAUUCCUUCAGGAAAAGUGUCAUGAAAUAAAUCCUUGUUCCAGUAA